AAGAAAUUAUUAGGAUAGAAAAAUAUGUCCUUGGUUUAGAGAUUAGGAACAGAAAGAAGCCUCAAUUAUUAUUAUUUUUAUAAAAAAAACUAAUUUAUUUUACUUUGGAUUAUUUUUCGAAAUAAUGCGUAUCCGUUCCAUAAUCCAUGUGUGUGUGUAAAUUAUAAUAAACCCAGGUCCCCAUAUUAUUUCCACAACAAUAAAAGCACCAGUGUGUGUUGUUUCAUGUGAAGGAGCGAAACGCAUCGCAAUCUAUCGUCUUUCGAUGGUGAUGGUGGUUACGGAGGGAAACGAUAGCUGUAGCAGCGGAGUGCAGCACCAUGCGUCGGCUUCCUCGUCGCCGGCGCAUAGCCGACAACAGCGGCAGAAGGUGGAAGUGUACAAUGAGAUUCUUCGCCGGUUGAAGGAUUCCGGCGACGAAGAGGCUAUGCAACCAGGCUUCCACGAUCAGCUUUGGGCUCACUUCAACCGUCUUCCUUCACGGUAUGCGUUGGACGUGAAUGUGGAAAGAGCGGCAGAUGUUCUUAUGCACAAGAGAUUAUUGCACCUGGCACAUGAUCCUGCUAAUAGGCCUUCAAUUGAAGUUCGCUUAGUCCAGGUUCAUCCCGUAUCAGAUGGAAACUUAAUUGACACUUUUGAAUCAGAUGCUCCUGGGAUAGAAUCUGGUCAAAGUUCUUCAAAGUACUCAAGCAGACAGAGUAUACAUCCACCUCCUGCUUUUGGUUCUUCUCCUAAUCUUGAAGCACUAGCUCUUGAAACAAGUAAUUCUGAAGACAUAGAGGAGGAACAAUCUGUACAUGCCAAUGCUCAAUAUUCACGGCCAAUGCAUGAAAUCACCAUCUCAACAGAUGACAAGCCAAAGCUUCUCAGUCAGUUAACUGCAUUGCUUGCUGAGAUUGGACUGAACAUCCAAGAAGCCCAUGCCUUUUCCACAACUGAUGGUUACUCAUUAGAUGUGUUUGUUGUUGAAGGAUGGCCCUAUGAGGAAACAGAGAAGCUUAAAGAAGCUUUGGAAAAAGAAAUCUUGAAGAUUGAGAGACAAGUGAGGUCCAGUCAGCAAUCAGUAUCUUCUGUGGACGAGCCUGAUCAAGCAAAGAAGUGCGAACUAGAUCAUUUGACAAUACCAUAUGAUGGAACAGAUGUUUGGGAAAUAGAUCCCAAACAUUUGAAAUAUGGAACUCAAAUUGCAUCUGGGUCAUAUGGGGAACUAUUUAAGGGUGUAUAUUGUAGCCAGGAAGUAGCCAUCAAAGUUCUCAAGGCUGAGCAUGUAAAUUCCGAAUUGCAGAGGGAGUUUGCGCAGGAAGUCUACAUUAUGAGAAAGGUUCGACACAAGAAUGUUGUACAAUUCAUAGGAGCAUGUACCAAGCCCCCACGCUUAUGCAUAGUAACAGAAUUCAUGUCUGGUGGAAGUGUGUAUGACUACCUACAUAAGCAGAAGGGUUUUUUUAAAUUUCCUACCCUGCUGAAAGUAGCAGUUGAUGUUUCUAAAGGAAUGAACUACUUGCACCAACAUAACAUAAUCCAUAGAGACUUGAAGGCUGCCAAUCUUUUGAUGGAUGAAAAUGGUACCGUAAAGGUUGCUGAUUUUGGGGUUGCUAGAGUGAAAGCUCAAUCUGGCGUUAUGACAGCAGAAACUGGAACAUAUCGAUGGAUGGCUCCUGAGGUUAUUGAACACAAGCCGUAUGAUCACAAGGCCGAUGUAUUUAGUUUUGCAGUUGUUUUAUGGGAGUUGCUCACCGGAAAGCUUCCAUACGAAUAUUUAACCCCUCUACAGGCAGCUAUAGGAGUGGUUCAGAAGGGUUUGCGACCCACCAUCCCCAAGAACACUCAUCCAAAAUUUGUUGAACUCCUUGAGAGGUCUUGGCAGCAAGAUCCAACAUUAAGACCUGAUUUCUCUGAAAUUAUCGAGAUCCUGCAGCAGUUAGCAAAAGAGGUUGGAGAUGAAGGAGAGGAGCGGCGCAAGGAUAAAUCGGGAGGACUUCUGUCUGUUCUCAGACGAGGUCAUCACUAAGAAGUUAUUUGAAUAGAUAUGUUCAUAACAUGGUCAUAGGUAGGAUCAAUCACAAGGGCCAUUUUCAUUUGUUUCUACAUUGUUAUGUACAGUUUUCUCCACACUAUCUGAUUGCUGCCAUUAUGAUAGAUCUCACGAUUUAAGCAUGUUAAAAAUAUGACCAAUUUCCCAUUUCUUUGAGUUUUACGACAGCAUUUAUUUAUCUGUAAAAAAGCUGUUGAUGGUACAAAUUAAAAUUGUCACAUCAACUAUCCUUUCAACAGAAUGUUAUUAAUCUGAAGUAUAAUAACAAUUGUACAAUGGCUUCAGUUUCUUUAUUUAUGGAUUCUAUAGUUAU